CGAUCGGGUAUGUGCGUGUUUUUAUGAACACCAGCGUCAAAACUCUGACUUGUGUAGCCUCUAAAUGUACUUACCGAGUUUCUUUGAGACGCGCAGUUGUUAAUUCAAGGUGUUCGUGGCAAAUUAUCAGCAAAUAAGAGAAACGAGGUGAAAGGCGUAGAACGAUGUCAGCGCUAGUUAACUAGUUCUCGGCCUAGUUAAAUAUUUUUUACUCAUAUUGACACAGCACAGUUGGAGUUUGGAGGACUGGAAGGAUGCUGGCCUCAUGUUUACGUGGAUACUGGACAAAAGUUGUGUUUUCCUCUCUGCCAGCAGUGCCUAAUCGUCAUCAAGAGAAAAGAAUUUGGUUGAACAUGCAGACGACAGUUUAGGUGGUGAAGUGGUUGAAAACCAUCAUGGAAAGACCACUUUCUGAUGCCUGACAAGUUGAGGUAAAAUUCAAGAUGGCUGCCAUGGAGGUGGAUGGAGAAUUACAGUGCCCCAUCUGCCUGGAUCUCUUCACCAGUCCCAUCAUCCUCCCAUGUUCACAUAUUCUUUGUCGGCGACCAUGUGCAGAAAAUCUUUUUGACGAUACAUUUAUUCGUUGCCCGGUGUGUCGUGACAAUUGUUAUGUCACUGGAGGAAUCGGUAGCCUUCCCAGAGUUCUUGCUUUGGAGAACAUCAUUGAAAAGUACAAAGCCAUUGGUGAGAGACGACAGCGUGACACAGAGAGUCCUGAGAGUGGCUCGGAUGAUGUCACUGCGGGUAUAGAUACGGAAAACGAGGUGCUGUGUCAGCUUUGUGAUGCCUCACCGAGACGUGCCAGAAAGUCUUGUCUGGAUUGCAAUGCAUCGUACUGCAAUCGCUGUCUGCGGAUUUCACAUCCCGCACGCGAACCGUUCAGUCUCCAUGACCUUGUCGAGCCUCGAUGUCCACUCCGGCCAAAAGACGUUCUUUGCACUGAGCACGGGGAGAAGCUGACUAUAUACUGUUACUUGUGUAAAGCGCCAUGCUGUAUCCUCUGUGUGGAAAAGGACCUUCAUCCUGUAGAAGAGGGUCACAAGGCUGUGUCAUUGGAAGAAGCUUAUGCUCAUUAUAAGGGUGUAAUAGAAACAAGUUUGAGUCAUUUGGAGAACAGCCAGUCAAAACUAGCGUCAGUACUGGCCACUAGGAGAGCUCGUAUAACAGAGCUACAGACUAAUAUCAGUGUGCGCCGGGAACUGGUGAACCAUCAGUGUGACGCUUUAGUGAAUGAAGUUGAGGCUAAGAGGAGGUUUUUCCUGGCUGACUUGGAUUAUGAAGAACGUGUACGACAGAUGGACAUUGAGAGCUCAGUCAGUGGCCUGGAGAGGCUGAUGGCCUCUGCAAAGAGUGUAACACGUUACUCACAUGACGUCAUGGCCAAGAAGGAGGCUGGGGCAUUCCUUCAGCUUGCUAACGCAUUAAAUGAUAGACUGGUCCGGGUGACGUUAGACUGUGAUAGUUGCCCUGUUCAACCUGAAGGUCAAGACAAUGUCCAUGUUGUCGAGGGGAAAGUUGUCGACUUUCGGAAGGAAAAGGCCAUUCUUCAGGACAUGCAUUAUCUUCUAGUUCCUGCCACUCCGAUUAUUGAUGUAACUCGUUGUUCACGAUCAGAAGACACUGUGGCACUUGUUGUGUGCCCACCUAAAAACCACCAUGACGUGAUUGAUCAGUAUCAGGUCCAGUAUUUCUCUGAGGAACAAAAGGCUCUUGGGUUGGAGGAUCACUUGGAGUUUGGUAACCCACAGGAGGAUCGGCAGCUGGUGAAGGGCGUGGCUAAUGGUGGAUUUCUGGUGCUGUUGAUAGAAAAUCUGUGUCGUGGCACAACCUACUAUUUCAGUGUGACAGCCAGUAAUGCCACGGGAAAGAGUGCGGCAUCAGAAGCUGUGCAGUGCGCCACGCUGCUCCACGGGGAGGGGAUUGUUCCAGUGCCGGUGAUUUUGGACAGCCUGUGCCGUCGCUACACGGCGUCUAUCCAGAUCUGCAGCUCCAGUCCUCUGGACGUUGUCGCCGAUCAAAAAAUCAGCCAUUACCUCUUGUUCAGGGAUUCCACAAAUAAUCGGGCGUACAAGAGCGUGUCCAUGUUCGGCCGACAGGAACAUCGGGUGUUCGGGCUGGACCCUAACACAGACUACGAUUUCUUGAUAAUGGCAUGCAACCAAAAGGGAGAGAGCCAACUUUCGAAUAAAGUCACUCUGCAGACAGAGGUGUCAGCACUUGAAAUGGUAGAGAAUAGCUCUGGUGAUGAAAACGUUUGAGUGGAGAUUUCAGACUUAUGAAAUCAUUGAUUUUUGUUGUGCAGUCUUAAGCAGAAUAUUUCAAACGAGAUUUCAUCAACCAGCUGUUUGGUUGAAGGAGUUGUUUUACCUUGCUCAAUACAAAGAACAAGAGUUUUCAGUAAAACCUUAUAUUAAAUUGUGCACAUGUGUUUGUGACUGCUUCGAAACAUUACUCUGGAUCUUGUUUGAAAUUUUCAACCAGAUUCGAUAGAAUAAUUCUGUACGUUUGUGUGUAGACAUUUGUGGAAAUUUUAACAGCCUGUACUUUCCCUGUUAUUUCAAAAAUCCUCAUUCCUGCAUUUGUGCAAGUGCUUUUCCAAAAUAUACAAUAGCAUAGAAUACAGGUGAGAUGCUGGAAUCUCCCAAUGCCAUAGGAAUGGGAGAGUAUGGAUGUGGCUCUGAUGGGCUACACAGAGGUGCAAAAACAUGCACUUGAUUGAACCCUGUAGUGCUUGUGUACCAUGUACAUGUGUUAUUUAUAAGAAAUACACAUACAGCUGUCCUGGGCUGUGGAAAAGAACAACAGAGUACAUGUACAUUGCUGUUUUGGUAAUCCUGUAUGUCCUAAGAGCGGUGUAAACUGAUGGGAAUUGAGAUAAUUGAAUUGCUGUACUAAAUCUUGGCAUCAUAUUAAAAACAUUGACACAAAAGUUUUCUGUCGAUUCCACUUUUCCUGGUGUGACAUCGUGCCGAAACACUUGGCAUCACCUAUUGCUGAGGUAAAGCCACAGAUGACAUAGUACUUUCAUAUGCACUGCGACAUUUCAUUCCACAAUAACUGACUUACUUGAUGUCAUAUCUGCCUCAUGGGUCAUCACGUAAGGAAUAUCGUCACGCUGCAACAUGAAAAUUUUACAGAAACUGCCAAAGAUUUUGUUUUUGAGGACUUUUCAUUUAUAGGGGUUAAUUGUAGUUCUUUGUAAAUCUUUGGAACAGUAGCAUUAGCUGUGUUCCGUAAAGUUUCCUGCUUAUGAUUUUAAUAUUUCCGGCCGGUUUCACGUGGGACUGAAGUAGCACUAUAAAGGCAGAACUGUCCCCAUUGGUAUUUCUCUUGUAUGAAUCUUUUAACAAAUUCACGUAUCUGUGUAUGUAGUAUUUAGUGUGGAUGUACAUUUGUGACCCAUGAUUUUCACGAGUCAUGCUCAUGUAUGUAAUACAGGCUCUGAUCCAAAACAGGUAAAUGCAGAUAUAUAUAUUGGUGAGGUAAAUGACAUGACCACAGAUUCUGCCUAGUCACUUUUCAGUAUUUAUUCAUGGAUAGAAUUAUAAUGUAUUUUGAAAUGUGAUAUGAAAACUUACCAAAGUUAUAUUAACAUUGUGACUUAGACGUAGUACAGUGUAUAUGCAAUUUCCAUUCUGUACAUACUGAAGAUAUUAUAGCUUUAAAUUACAUUUUUUAUUGAAGAGUUUUAUUCUAGAUCACAGUAACUUUCAUUAUUAUGUAUUAUAAUUCCAUUACUUUGUUUUUUUGAAGUUUUAUUUUUUGAUAGAAUGAGGAUGAUCUCAAAAUGCAUCAUACGUAGUCAAAUUUUAAUUUAUUGCUACAUUUGAAAUGUAUCUACAUUUCCACAUAGUGAACAAAGUAUGUAUACAACAGUAUAUAGAUGCAUUUUAGCAUUGUGUCCUACGUUGUUGUAGAAUUGAGUGAGGCAUAGUGAGUUAAUGAGCUAGGCAUGUGAUGCACAUGCAAGUCUUGAGUACGGCGUAUAAAACCAAUCAGGUAUAGAAAUAUUGUGUGAAAAGAAUGAAAGGCAAAUAUGCCUGUGGUUCAGCAUGUACAAGCAAUUCGCACCUGAUGUUCCGUUACAAAAAUUGGACUGCGGUACCAUUGGAAAAGUUGUGUAAGUCAUGAUGGGCAUUGUGAUUACUAAAUAGCAAACAUGCCUGAAAACUUAAAAGUAACUACAUGUAGCAACAUUAGUUUUUAUUUAUUAAAAAAUUUAGACCCUUUACAAAUGGUCUUGGAUUUUAGAGUGUUUAACGCUUUUAAGGUGUUAUAUGGUGUUACUGCUGUUCAAGACUUUUGAAAAUUUGAUUUGCCAGAUUGUUCAAGUGUCAGAUAUUUUGUUUCGUGUUUUUUCAAAGGCGUACGUUAACACAUUUCAUGAACAUUUCUGUCCAGGUCAUUUUAUAUUCCUUUGUACUUUAACACCCUCAUCCGCCAACUUGUUGAGGGGGAAAGGGAACCCAAAUGUUACAUUUUAAAGCUGGCCUUUGAAAUUUCAUGUCAACAAAAAUUGAUUUCUUGAAUAAAGGUUUUCACUGUUGACAAAGUUGUUGUGUUGAUGUAUUUAUUGGAAUGCCUCAUUGGAACCCUAUGCUAAAGACAUUUGAUUGGACACCAGGCCCAGUCACAGUGAUCUGGCCCAUCCCUACAUCCUGUCAUUGGCCCAUUCUCUAAUGUUGUGUAU